UUCAGCGGUAAAACUGGAAAAGAUGCAGGCAUUGAUUUUGACACAUAUUUAGGGUCCUUAAGCGCCACUAUAAGCACGUGGCUGUGAGAUCCGGAAGUGCGCGUGAUUUGAAAACAAUCCAUUUGUGAAUGGAUGACGAAGAGGAGACAUAUCGACUAUGGAAAAUUCGGAAGACCAUAAUGCAGCUCUGUCAUGAUCGAGGAUACCUGGUGACUCAAGAUGAGCUGGACCAGACAUUGGAUGAGUUCAAAGGUCAGUUUGGUGACCGACCCAGUGAGGGGCGACCCAGACGGACCGACCUCACCGUGCUGGUCGCUCACAACGACGACCCCACCGACCAGAUGUUUGUUUUCUUCCCAGAGGAGAUGAAAGUGGGCAUCAAGACUAUUAAGAUGUACUGCCAGCGAAUGCAAGAGGAAAACAUCGCCAGGGCCAUUAUCGUAGUCCAGACGGGCAUGACGCCAUCUGCUAAACAGUCUCUGGUAGACAUGGCACCAAAGUACAUCCUGGAACAGUUUCUACAGCAAGAGCUGCUUAUAAACCUCACCGAGCACGAGUUGGUUCCUGAACACAUCGUGAUGACAAAAGAGGAAGUGACGGAGCUGCUGGCUAGAUAUAAACUCAAGGAGAGCCAGUUACCCAGAAUUCAGUCUGGUGACCCUGUGGCUCGAUAUUUUGGGCUGAAACGAGGGCAGGUUGUGAAGAUCAUCAGGCCCAGUGAGACCGCUGGACGAUACAUCACAUAUAGACUUGUACAGUGAAGUCGUAGUCUGAUGGAGCCCUCCGAUGUGGUGACCGACGGGCUUUUUGCAUUUUCUUUGUUUUUUUAUACACUAGAAAUAAUUGUUUGAGUUUCACGUGAAAGAUUUAUGACCGGAAUUAAAUAUUUAUACUCUGCAUU